CAGUCGCGGCCAGGCGCCCGUGGGGAGCAUGGCGGCCUCUUCGAGUGGAGAGAAGGAGAAGGAGCGGCCGGCAAGCGGCUCCGGAGCGGCCGGCGGUAACAGCACGCGAGAGCGGCUCCUGUCUGCGCUGGAAGAUCUGGAGGUCUUGUCGAGAGAACUUAUAGAAAUGCUGGCAAUUUCAAGAAACCAGAAGUUGUUGCCGCCUGAUGAGGAAAACCAGGUCCUGGAGUUGUUGAUUCACAGAGAUGGCGAAUUUCAAGAACUGAUGAAAUUGGCACUUAAUCAGGGAAAAAUCCAUCAUGAAAUGCAAGUUUUAGAAAAGGAAGUAGAGAAGAGAGACAGUGAUAUUCAGCAACUACAAAAACAGCUAAAAGAAGCAGAACAAAUCCUGGCAACAGCUGUUUACCAAGCAAAAGAAAAACUCAAAUCAAUAGAAAAAGCAAGAAAAGGUGCCAUCUCCUCUGAAGAAAUAAUUAAGUAUGCACAUAGGAUUAGUGCGAGUAAUGCUGUGUGUGCCCCACUGACCUGGGUUCCAGGGGACCCACGGAGACCAUACCCAACUGACUUAGAGAUGAGAAGUGGAUUAUUGGGUCAAAUGAACAAUCCUUCUACUAAUGGUGUAAAUGGUCAUUUACCAGGAGAUGCACUUGCAGCAGGGAGACUGCCAGAUGUCCUUGCUCCACAAUACCCAUGGCAGUCAAAUGAUAUGUCACUGAAUAUGUUACCACCGAAUCACAGUAAUGACUUCUUGCUGGAACCUCCGGGGCAUAAUAAAGAAAACGAAGAUGAUGUAGAAGUUAUGUCAACAGACUCCUCAAGCAGUAGUAGUGACUCUGAUUAAAAAAACAAAAGACAAAACUCAUACAGAGUUAAAUUCUGUAGAAUCCUGUUCCUUAAACAAUAGUGAGCCUGUAAAAAAAAGAGCCAGGUAAUACUGCCUAGCGUGGAAUUGUGCAGCCCAUUAAAAAUCACUGGGCUUCUUUUUGAAGCCAAAGAUCGUUUCAAUUCUGAACCACUCAAUGAAUAUUUGAAGAAUAAUCAAAAAUUUAUUGUUGGGGAAAAAACUACUCAUUUCAGUGCUGCCCUAUGCUGUUAUAUUCCAGUUAUGUUGGACUUGUACGUAGUAGCUCUGGAAGUAAAAGUUGAGGGAAAUAAACCAUGUACAUAUCACUAAUCAGCCCCUGGGAUUGUUUAGAAAAGCAUUUUAAAGAAGGGCAGGGGGUCACUGAGUGCAUCAUAUCUCAAAAUAACAAACCCUCAUUUGAAAGUUAAGGUUGGUAGCUUCUGUCACGGUAAUGGGAAGUUGUCUCAAUUUGUACUGUCUGUAAUUAUUGUAAUUUUUGUAAAUAAACAUACUUUUGUUCGUACUCUGA